AUGACGGUGACUUCGAUUGCAAUCAUCCGGCUCAAAGAUGGCGUACAGCCAGAAGACCCCAAUACUUCUGCCGGAACGCUGCUCCAGGGACGCGUCUCUGAAAUAUUGACCUCACCAGGAGCUCAAAGGUGUUAUUGGGGCCGAGCAAUCGAGUCAGCGGAUCUUUUUUAUCUGCUGGUCGACUGGAAUACUUUGCAAGAUCACGUUGACUUUACGACGAAUAGGUAUGGAUACUUGACCAAACUCAACAUCAGUGGGAAAACCGAAACAGACCUAUCACCACUCUUCAACGGGGCACCCACAGUAUAUCACGUCGAGCUCACAGCAUUCCCGCCCAAUGCGAUAAGCAAGCCAAUGUCGCCCGUCGCAGAAAUCGUCACGAUCUACUUCCCAUCAAAUCUGUCUACAGAGUCCCAGCACAAGAUUGUCUCCAACACGGGGAAGUUCAGAAGCGUACUGGCUGAUCCAGGGGGCUGUAAUGCAAGUUCUGGAGGCUGGAUUAUGGAGGAAGUCGAAGUACCGGGCCAGGGCAAUAAAGGUAGAGCUUUCGUCAUGAUAUUUGGCUGGGACAGUAUCGAGGCUCACACAGAGUGUGUGAAGACGCCGAGAGUCCAGGAGCAUGUUCACUUAAUUGCAGAAUUAGAAGGGACGACACGGUGGACAGUCGGAUUAGCGGCCGAGCUGUUCACACGUGCUGCAAUUGAGGGCGCAUCUGCUCAAGUGGAGAAGCGCCAGUUGGAUUUGGCCCAGGAAAUUCCCGAAAUGUAG